AUGGCACCACCACCAAGGAUUAUAGACGAUAGUGAAAAUGAUGAUGGUGAUGCUGAUGAUUUUGAAGUAGAGUCAUCAGUACCACCAACAAUUGAACAUGAAGAUAAUAUGGAUGAAGAAGAGGAAGAAGAUUUUGAUGAAGAAGAAGAAGAGGAAGAGGAAGAGGAAGAGGAAGAUAAUUAUAAAUUGAAACCAAGUGAUGAAGAUGAUGAUUUAGAAUUGAAUGAUGAUGAUGAUGAAGGUACAGAAUCACCACAACCAGUAUCUAAACCAAUUAAAAAAUCCAUCAAAAUCACAAUCAAACCACCCAAAAAACCAACCAUCGACUCAUCUUCUACUUCCAGUAGUGUUACAAAAAACAAUAGUUCUCUUGACCAAUCAACUCAAAGAGUAACAAGGAAACGACAAGUGAGUUAUUAUCAAGAUGAAGAUGAAGAUGAAUUUGACGAAGAAGAAGAAGAAGAAGAAGAUAAUGAUCAAGAAGUGAAAGUGAUUAAAUCCAACAAAUUGAAAAGAUCGAAAAAGACUUCUAAUGACAAGCGAAAUUCUGAACGCAGACAGACAACAGCAUCUACAUCUACAUCAAGAACACGUAAAGAUCAAAGACAAAAUUUACAUCCAGAUUUAAUUUUAACUGAUGAAGAAGAAGAAGAACAAGAAGAACAAGAAGAAUAUGAUCCUUCUUCAUAUAAUGAUUUAUCGAAAAUGACAGAAAGACAAAGAUCCCGAUAUGAUUAUAAUAAUGAUGAUGGAGAACAAUUUAUUGAAUUAGAUGAUAGUGGUAAAAAAGCUAAAUCGAAAAAUGAUCAACAAGAAGAAGCAGAAACUGAAGAAGAAAUUGCUUUAAGAAGAGCAGAAAAUGCUAGGAAAAGACAAGAUUAUAAAAAAAAAAUCUUAGAAGAAGAAAAACGUGAUACAUUAAAUAAAUUAUUGAAAAGAAGAGCAACAAAAUCACGAGAAAUUAUUAGUAAUGAUGAUGAUAAAGAUGGAUUAGAUAUGGGGAAUAAUGUACUUUAUAAAAAAAGAAGACCAAUAUUAGAUCAUCCUGCAUUUAUAAGAUAUGUUAAUAAUACAACUUCAUUAAAUGGAAAUUCGGUAUUAUCUUUCAAUUGA